AUGGCGGCGGCGGGGGUGAGCUACUCGCCGCCCUGGUGGGUGAGCCUCCUCCACCGCCUGCCCCACUACAGCCUCCGCUGGGAGGCCGCCGGCGACGACUUCCGACCCGACGACGCCGAAUACCAGCAGGCCCUGUUGCUGUUGGGCGGGGUGGCCGUGGCCUGCCUUGCUCUGGAUCUCCUCUUCCUCCUCUUCUACUCCUUCUGGCUGUGCUGUCGCCAUCGAAAGAGUGAAGAACAUUUGAAUGCAGACUGCUGUUGUACGGCCUGGUGCGUCAUCAUUGCAACGCUCGUCUGCAGCGCUGGUAUAGCUGUCGGCUUCUAUGGGAACGGGGAGACCAGCGACGGUAUUCACCGGGUGACAUACUCCCUACGACAUGCGAACCGCACUGUUUCAGGGGUCCACGACCGGGUGCUCGACACGGCCGUCGCUCUGAACCAAACAGCAGAACCAAACUUGGUGGUCCUCGAGGAAAUAUUCGCCAAGCAGACAGAUUACCUGAACGUCGUCCAAAAGCUCCAAGGGCUCCUGGACGAGCUGGUGAGGCAGGCGACCGAGAUCCCUUUCUGGAAGAACGAGGACGUCUCUCUGGAAGAGCUGGCCAUCCGGAUCGAUCUGUACGACUGGUACAGGUGGCUGGGGUAUCUGGGCCUGCUCAUGUUCCACGUCCUGAUCUGUCUGCUGGUGUUGUUCGGGCUGAUCAGAAACUCAAAGGCCAUCCUCCUGGGGUAA